AUGUCGUCUUCGGCUCAGGAGCUUGUUAAUAAUGGGAUUAAUUAUAAUCGAUAUUUCGACAAUUGUCCUCAAUUUAAUAAUCGUGAUGAUGCUGUCGAAUGGUGUAGAAAGAUUGCUCUUGAAUUCGGUUUUUUUUUUGUGAUAAUCAGUCACAAAAAGAAUUGUCAAUAUCUAGAUUGUGAACGUGGUAAGAAAAAAGAACUUCGUGAUUUCAGUUCAGCAAUCAGGAGAAAAACGAAAAGAAAAGCAUGUGGUUGUCCAUUUCGGUUGUUUCUUGUCCCGAUGAAAAACUAUUCGUAUUGGGUUGUCAAGACUAAGGCAGAACAUGGGUUUCAUAAUCACCCAAUGAUGUUAUACCCAGAGGGUCAUCGACAGAUUAGCGGUCUCAGUCCCGGUGCGAAGAAGUUAGUUGGAGAACUAACUGCAGCCCAUGUGAAACCACGGCACAUCAUGAAAGCCAUUACAAGUGCAUUUCCGUCAGUGAAGCCUAACAUGAGGCACAUUUAUAAUUGUAAAGAUUUGUUAAGAAGAGAGAGAUCAGAAGGCAGAAAUGCAGCUCAGGAGUUUCUUCAUCAGGCUGUUCAAAGCAAUUAUCUGUUUUGGCUUGAUUCGGACGAGAUGGGUAGGGUGACACAUACAUUCAUUGCACACCCGACGUCCGUGAACUUAGUCCGUACAUAUCCGCAUGUGCUUCACAUUGAUGCAACGUACAAGACAAACAAGUACUUGUAUCCUUUGGUAGAGAUUGUUGGUGUCACACCAACCAACAAGAAUUUUCUUGUUGCAUGGGCUUUGCUGCAACAUGAGGAUGCUGAGAGUUACCGCUGGAUGUUGUCGGCACUGAAAAACCUCAUUGGCUGUGUGGCGCCAAAUGCCAUUGUGAGUGAUCGAGAUCUGGCUUUAUGCAAAUAUAUCUCGGACGUUUUUCCCACAUCUGCGAUCUACUUUGCACGUGGCAUAUUAACAAUGAUGUGGAGGCAUGGGUAG